UGUAUGUAUGGAUGUAUGUAUGGAUGUAUGUAUGGAUGGAUGGAUGGUGUCUCGAACACACUGUAAAUAAAGCGAUCGAAUAUAGCCUGCAGUUCCUUCCCUUUGUAUGCGCACCACCAAGCUGAACAUCUCGUGUCAUAUCCGGGUUAUGGCUUCGCCGCCAUAAAUUCGCCGAGUCACGCCACAACAGCUUUUCUGGGUCAUCGCUUGGCAAGGUACUUUGGACCUGUCCUUUCAACUACAACAGAACACAGUGGAGCGUCCUGGCCUGACCAUGGCGACUCGCAAAUCAGUUUCGGAAAGGGUACAGAUACAGACUUUGGUGACCAAGGGGGUCCAGACAGAGACACACGGUUCGGCAACAUUCCCAUCUGGACUCUCAGAUGGUCUUGAUCUUCGGACAAGCCUAGUCAGCCCUAUUGGAGUGUUCCGCCUCCUACUUCGUGGUCGAACGUUUGUGUUUUUGGAGACGGACAAGCAUCCACCGUUCAUGGACAACGAUAAAUUAACUACAGACAAACUACUUUUCCUUGUCAGCGGAGAACUGAGUCUCUCAUCCAGCAUGUACAACCCGAGACUGCCAAAGUAUCCAGCGGAGGUUCAGACAAGAUUUGCAUCUUUCCGAACAUCGUCGUUUGUCUGGGAAUCAAUUCUGAAGGUACCUGGAGCCCCUCACGUGACAGCUAGUCUAAAAAAUAAUGGCGUUGCUGUGUCAAAGUCGACCAGAAGACCAUGCCCGGUACCAGAUUGGUUUCGGGAAAAGUUCGGCCAACUGUACAACAAGGAUCCUGGGGUUACCUUCAGGAAGGUGGAGACAACUCCUAUCAAGAUGUGCAGGGGAGUUAACUCUAAUCCCUACUUGGUAACAGUUAAAAGUCGGGAUAUCGACGUGAACCAACACACGAACGCGGUUUUGUACCUACAGUACUGUCUUGACGCUCUGGAUGAUCAUUUGUUCAGGAACAAAAUACAGUGCGAAUUAAACACCGAGUCACUCCUCCUCAAAUCGGCUUCCUUCCUCCAUAUGGGUGAGAGUGAGGUGGCUGAUGUGUUGGCUGUUGAAUUCUGGGAUGAUGAAACUGAUGCUGACAUGAUAUGUUUUAAUAUUGUCAAGUCAGGAAUCAGCAUCUACCAGGCUCGUAUACGUUUUUAUCGAUAUGAUGAUAUAUUUGAACAAACCAGCAGACUCUAGCGUCACAUUUCAAAGUAUGGAACUAUACUGUAAGCAGAAAACUGUGGUUUAAAUAGCUUUAUUCCAGGAAACAUUUUUAUUGGGCGAGUUUACGUUGGUCGUCGUGCUUUUCUUUGAAUCGGCAUCACCACAACGUUUCAAGUGUGAAUGUGAGUGAGUGAGUGUAGGUUUACGCAAUAUCACGCCAGGGGACACCAGAAAUGGGUUUUACACAUUGUACGUGGGUUUUCGGCGUGACGAGCGAAUGCUUUAAUCGCUAGGCUACCCCUCCGACCGCACAAAGUUUCAACUAAGAACAAGUGUUGUAUUUGGAUUAACGCCUCUAUAAUCCUGUUCUAACGCGUUAUGUUAGCAUUGGAAUAUGGAAGAUUGGAAGAUCUUUGCAUCUCCUUGACAAUGUAUUGUUUUACUUGUAACACUGUUACAAAGGUAUGUAACUUUGGAUCAACGUCUUUGCAACGUUUUAGGUAACAUGAUGUGCCACUUUGGAUUACCUUCCUGCCACGGUAUAGCAAUGCACUACUUUUGUCAACGUCCUUGAGAACACGAUGCUAACAUUUGGUUUAACUCAAUUCUUAGCUUGAAUCGAGUAAUACCUGUAUAUAUCUGUAUCACUAUGUUUUCACCAUAUGGGCUUUGUAGUAAAGUGCCCUUUUCCCAC